AUGGAUCUGGAUGUAGCUUUACAAAGGGCAUCAGAAGAUGAGGGAGAGAAUCAAUAUGAUGAAGUGUACCCGGGGCGAGUGCUCAAAGGCGAAGAUACACCAAGUAGCGCUAAAAUUCGAUAUAUAAGGGGAUGUCGUGAACCAAAAACAUUUGCACGUUAUACUUCCAGUCUAAAAAAUAUGAUACCUUUACGCCCUUUUCAUAAACACGAGCAUUCAAGAGCAAGUAAAGUUGAUGAAUCGGGUUUAUUUUCGUUUAUAACCUUCAGCUGGAUAUUUCCAUAUUUGUGGGCAGCCUUUAAAGGUCGUUUAAAUCACGACCAAGUGUGGACUUGCAGCAUUUAUGAUGCAUCUAGUGUUAAUUUGGCAAGGUUAGAAUAUUUGUGGAAGCAAGAACUUCUGCAGCGACCUAACAAACCAUCCCUUUUUCGAGUUGUGUGUCUCUUUAUUAAAACGAGAAUUUGUGUUGCUUGUCUCAUCUUUUUAUUUUGCCUGUUUUUUGGCUUCAUUGGUCCAAUGUGUUUUGUGAAAGGAUUGAUAUCAUUUGCUGAACAACCACCCCUUUUUAAUAUGUAUCCCAAUCUUGGUUUUGGCAUUUUUUUGGCUUUUGCGAUUCUCAUAGUCGAAACAGUACGUGUACUUUCGUAUGGAGCUACAUGGGCUGUAAGCUAUCGAACAGGUAUCAGAGUUCGUGGAGCCUUACUGGCUUUACUGUACAAAAAAUUGAUUAAUGUGCGCUCACUAAGAACGAAAACUGGAGCAGAGGUAGUAAAUAUUUUUGCGAAUGAUGGACAGCGUUUACUUGAUGCAGUUUCAUUUGCACCGUUGGUGUUGGUUGGACCUUUGGUGCUAUUUGCUGGUAUAAUCUAUCUUCUGAUCGUUAUUGGGCCGUGGUCAUUGCUAGGGAUACUUAUAUUUCUUGUUUUUGAUGCUAUACAGUUCGCACUUGGCAAAACUCUGGUCCGCUUUCGAACUUUAGCAAUACAGAAAACUGAAAAAAGGAUUAAUUUAUUGGGUGAAAUAAUUCGUUGCAUUCGGCUUAUAAAAAUGAAUGCUUGGGAAGAGUCAUUCACUAAUACAAUAAAGGAGAUGCGUCGUAGUGAAAAAAUAGAUUUGCGCAAAACAGGGCUGGCACAAAGUCUCACAAUUGCUUUUGGUUCUGUGGUACCUGUAGUGGCAGCAGUUUUCACUUUUCUUGGACUUAUAUUAUCAGGUGGAAAUCUUGCAGCUGCUGAUGCAUUUAGCACUAUAACAGUAUUCUUCAUCAUGAUGUUCGCUCUCCGGAUGAUUCCUUACGGCAGUCGUUAUUGUGCAGAAGCAUUUGCUUCAUUGAAAAGAAUACAGGAGUUAUUGCUUUAUCCAGAGUAUGACCAACAAAUGCCAUUUUGUCAGGAUACAAACAUCGCGGUUCAAUUCAAAAAUGCCACUUUUUUUUGGGAUAAUAAAAGUCAGGCAAGUGAAAUAGCAUCAAGUCUGGAAGAAACCAAUGAAAGAAGUCCUGUUGUCGCUAAUGAGCAAAGCAGUAGUGAUUCAGCAGCUGCAUUGAAAAACAUUACUCUGGAUGUGCGAAGGAAAGAACUCUUGGGUAUAUGUGGCCCGGUGGGAAGUGGUAAAACAGCUUUACUUACCGCAAUUGUUGGACACUUGGCGCCAAAAGAUGGUUCAUUAAAUGUUUCGGGGCAAGCAGCGUUUAUAACACAGACGCCGUGGAUUUUGAAUCAGACAAUUCAGAGUAAUAUAUUAUUUGGAUUACCGAUGAAUACAAGUCGGUAUUACAAGGCCAUCACGGUUUGUGAGCUAACUAAAGACUUGGAAACAAUGAAAACGGGUGACCAAACGGAGAUCGGGGAGCGAGGAGUGACAAUAUCAGGUGGACAAAAAGCUCGAAUAUCGCUGGCUAGGGCACUUUUUGCAAAUUGUCGCGUUUAUCUUUUGGAUGACAUAUUUGCAUCGCUAGAUCGGCAAGUUGCUGAUCGUAUUUUCAAGCAUGCAGUCAAGGAAAUGCUAGCAAACAAGACGGUUCUUUUGGUUACUACAGACAUCCAACGGUUAUCGAAAUGCGAUAGAGUUUGCUACAUGGAAGGUGGAAAAAUUAAAGCAGUAGGUACUCAUGAUGAACUGCUGGAGAAAUGUGAAUCGUAUGCUCUUUACUGCGAACAAUCCAUUUAUUCUGAUGAAAUUAAGUCGCUUUCGGAGACUACAGAGGAACAACGUGCCUUCGGAGAUGAUUUUGUGAAGAUAGAUUCACCAGACACAGCCGAUAAAUUUGCGAAAGCGGAUGUAAAAAUGUCGGACGAAUUUCAUACACAUACGUCUAUGGUGAAUCUUACGAAACCCGACGGGCAACUGGUUAUGGAUGAAGAGAAUUUCGGCUUGUCAACUGUAUCUUGGGCAGUUUACAAGCAGUAUAUCGAUGCAGCGGAUGGCCGUUGGAUUUGGGUGGUAUUACUGUUAGCAUUUGUUGGUAAUGUAGUAGCCUCAAUAUUUUCUACUGCUUGGCUGUCACAAUGGCUGAAAUAUGGACAUUCUCAACAGAUUGUGAAUAUUAGUGGAGAAAUCCACGUUGAACUAAGUAGCAUAGCAGAAAGCGAAUAUACCAGCUAUUAUGCAACCGUCUAUGGAUUUUCUGUAAUCAUUUUGUUCGUUUCAGGCCUUCUGAAAGCCCUUAUUUUUGUUCACGUAUCGUUAAAUGCUGCUUCACAGCUGCACAAUCGAAUGUUUGAUAGUGUGAUACGUGGUACCGUUCGUUUUUUCGAUACAACACCAAGUGGGCGAAUUUUAAAUCGAUUUUCGAAAGAUAUGGAUGAAAUUGACGUCAAGUUGCCAUUCACAGCUGAAGUUUUCCUUCAAAAUUCACUUACAUGUAUGGGCUACCUGUUUAUGAUCGCAUGGGUUUUCCCAUCAUUCUUACUUCCCUGCAUAUUUUUGCUCUGUAUUUUUACUAUUUUUGUAUUAUGUUUUCGAGCUGGCAUCACAAGUUUGAAACGAUUCGAAAAUAUAUCACGUUCGCCAUUGUUUGACCAUAUAUCUGCAAGUAUGGAAGGCAUUGAAACCAUUCAUUCACUCGGUCAAACCGAUGAUUUUAUUGAAACUUUGAAAAAUAAACUCGACUUAAAUAGUGGAGCUAUGUUCAUGUAUCAAUCAGCAAUGCGUUGGUUAGCUGUGUGGUUGGAUUUACUUGUUGUCGCCAUCACAUUCAUUGUGGCAUUAUUAAUUGUUUUGCUGACUGGAAGUAUAGCACCGACAGAUGCUGGAAUGGCACUUGUUUUUGCGCUACAGAUGAGUGGUAUAUUUCAAUUUGCGGUGCGUACACAAACAGAGCUGGAGGCAAAAAUGACAUGCGUUGAACGGGUUACUUAUUAUAGCAAUCAUAUCGAUUCGGAAGAUGAUGGAAAGAGUGAUUCUUCUGCAUCAAACAGUUGUCCUGUGGAAGGGUCCAUUGUUUUCAGAGAAGUCACGAUACGCUAUGGUCCUGAUUUACCUCUAGCGCUGGAUGGUGUCAGUUUUAGGAUUGAACCAAAGGAAAAAAUAGGAAUUAUCGGACGCACUGGAUCAGGGAAAACAUCGUUGUGUAAUGUCCUUUAUCGGUUGUAUCCACUAACAUCGGGUAGUAUUGAAAUCGGUGGUAUCAACACAGCUUGUAUGGGGCUUUAUCGAUUACGACGAGCUAUGGCCGUGAUUCCACAGGACCCGACGCUUUUUGUUGGUACAAUCCGAUUUAAUAUUGACCCAAAUAGCGAAUUUACUGAUGAUCAAAUUUGGAUGUCUCUCGAAAAAACUUAUUUGAAAGAUAUGGUAUCCUCUCUAGAUCAGAAACUAGAUUCUCUUGUUACUGAAGGUGGUCGUAAUAUAUCAGUUGGUGAACGGCAACUAUUCUGCAUGGCAAGAGCUUUGUUGAGGCGAGUGCGAAUCGUGAUACUGGACGAGGCAACAGGUAGCCUAGAUAAUGCAACAGACCGACAUAUUCAAAAAUGCUUGCGUGAAGCAUUUGCUGACUGUACCGUUAUGAUUAUUGCUCAUCGUUUGGAAAAUGUUUUAGGCUUGGACAAAAUUCUUCAUAUGAAGCAAGGAAAGGUUGUGGAAUUCGACACAAUACAGAACCUAGUAAAGGAUGAGUAUCAUCCUUUGCGACGUUUGUUGGACAGUAUGAAAUUGCGGCAAGCAAUAACAGCGCAGAAAGAGCAAAUUAUGAAUAAAAUGGCAGCAGACCCGGAAGAAACAUCGAAAGCAUCAACAAAUGAAAGCAGUGGAAGUAGCCCUGAACAUCAUCUAGCUUUUGCAGAGGCUUCUGGUAAAACUUCUCCGGAAACAUCAGAAUUUGAAAAGAUUAGUGACAGUAUUGAUAAAGAAGUGACCACUAUGAGUAAUGAUAAUAGUGAUCUUGAAGUUAUCAAUAAGUCGGAUGCUGAGUCAAAUUAUUAA